AUGUUGGAGGAUGAGGAUGGGAUGAGCGAGAGGGGCCUCAGCAGCUCAAGAAGGAGAUACGACGAUGAGGAAGAUUACCACUCCAUCUACAUUGGGGUGCCAGUGCCUCGGGGCUACCGGAGGAAACGGCGCCGGAGAAGAUCAGCUUCCAGCCGGGACAGGACGAGCGAGAGCGAGCGGCACUACGAGCGCCAGGAUCACUCGGACACCGACGACGGCGGCCACGGCUGCUACGAGAGCGGCAACGACAACGCCAGCAGGACCAUGUCUCCGGCUGCCGAGCGCCUCCGCUACAUCCUGGGGGAGGAUGAUGAGCCUCCCAACCCCACGCUCUUCACGGAGAUGGACACGCUGCAGCACGAUGGUGAGGAGAUGGAGUGGAAAGAGUCGGCCAGGUGGAUAAAGUUUGAAGAAAAGGUGGAGGAAGGUGGGGAGAGGUGGAGCAAGCCCCAUGUGUCCACAUUGUCCUUGCACAGCCUGUUUGAGCUGCGGACAUGUCUACAGACAGGAACGGUGCUCCUGGACUUAGAUGGCUACUCCUUGCCCCAAAUCAUAGACGAUGUCAUUGAGAAGCAGAUUGAGGAUGGUCUGCUCAAGCCAGAGCUGCGGGAGAAGAUAAGCUAUGUGCUCCUCAGGAAGCACCGCCACCAAACCAAGAAGCCAAUCCACCGGUCCUUGGCCGACAUCGGAAAGUCCGUGUCCUCCAACACAACCCGCAGCCCCGUCCGGAGCCCAGCCGCUGGCGCCGCCUUCCACCGCUCCACCGAGGACCUGCGGAUGCGGCAGAGCGCGAGCGACGGCAGUCAUGCGCAGAGUCGGAGCAUGAACGACAUCUCGGACACACCGAGCACCGACCAGCUGAAGAACAAGUUCAUGAAGAAGAUCCCCAAGGAUGCAGAGGCAUCCAAUGUGCUGGUGGGAGAAGUGGAGUUCCUGGAGAAGCCCUUUGUGGCUUUCGUGCGGCUCCUCCAGGCGACGAUGCUGGGAGGGGUGACAGAGGUGCCCGUCCCCACCAGGUUCCUUUUCAUUCUCCUUGGUCCUGCGGGAAAAGCCAAAUCCUACAAUGAGAUCGGCAGAGCCAUCGCGACUCUCAUGGUGGAUGAUCUCUUCAGCGACGUUGCCUACAAAGCCCGGGAUAGAGAAGAUCUGAUUGCUGGCAUCGAUGAGUUUCUGGAUGAAGUCAUUGUCCUGCCACCCGGCGAGUGGGACCCCAAUAUUCGGAUUGAGCCACCCAAAAAAGUGCCCUCGGCUGAGAAGAGGAAAUCAGUUUUCUCACUGAAUGAAGUGGGGCAGAUGAACGGCACGGCCGGUGGGGCAGGCGCUGGGGCCGGUGGAGGAGGCAGCGACGAUGGGGAGAUGCCUGAAGUUCAUGAGAUCGGGGAAGAACUUGCGUGGACCGGCAGGUUUUGUGGUGGCCUCUAUUUGGAUAUCAAGAGGAAGCUGCCCUGGUUCCCAAGCGACUUCUAUGAAGGCUUUCAUAUCCAGUCCAUCUCUGCCAUCUUGUUCAUCUACCUGGGCUGCAUCACCAACGCCAUCACAUUCGGGGGCUUGCUUGGGGAUGCUACAGACAACUACCAGGGUGUCAUGGAGAGCUUCCUCGGCACAGCCAUGGCAGGCUCCAUGUUCUGCCUCUUUGCUGGGCAGCCGCUCAUCAUCCUCAGCAGCACCGGCCCCAUCCUCAUCUUUGAGAAGCUGCUCUUUGACUUCAGCAAAGGCAACGGCAUUGACUACAUGGAGUUUCGCCUCUGGAUUGGCCUCCACUCUGCCCUCCAGUGCCUUAUCCUGGUGGCCACGGACGCCAGCUUCAUUAUAAAGUACAUCACCCGCUUCACAGAGGAAGGCUUCUCCACCCUCAUCAGCUUCAUCUUCAUCUAUGAUGCCAUCAAGAAGAUGAUUGGAGCCUUUAAGUACUAUCCCAUCAAUUCGGACUUCAAGCCGGACUACGUGACCAUGUACAAGUGCGAGUGCAUUGCUCCCGACCCAGCCAAUGCGACCUUGUUCGAUGCUUCAGCUCCAGUGGCACCAAACACCACUAAUGUUUCUCUGUACAAUGCUAUUAACCUCACAGCUCUGGACUGGACUCAGCUCAGUAAGAAGGAAUGUCUCAAAUAUGGGGGCAGCUUAGUGGGAAAAUCCUGUAAAUUCGUGCCUGACCUGGCCCUGAUGUCCUUCAUCCUCUUCUUUGGGACCUACUCCAUGACCUUGACCCUGAAGAAGUUCAAGUUCAGCCGCUAUUUCCCCACCAAGGUCAGGGCUUUCAUUGCUGAUUUUUCCAAUGUCUUCUCCAUCCUGAUCUUCUGCGCAGUGGAUGCCUGUUUCGGACUGGACACCCCUAAGCUCCACAUCCCCAGUAUCAUCAAGCCCACCCGUGUGGACCGAGGGUGGUUCGUGUUUCCCUUUGGGAAGAACCCGUGGUGGGUUUACCUGGCGAGCGCCCUGCCGGCCCUCCUCGUCACCAUCCUCAUCUUCAUGGACCAGCAGAUCACAGCAGUCAUCGUCAACAGGAAGGAGCACAAGCUGCGG